UGCAUCAGCCAUCAGGUGGAGCGGGCUCACUCCCCUACUUCUUCCUUUAUCUCCAUCAUGUCUGGGAAGCUGGCUCUGUGGCCCCCCAGAGGCCCCUGGACAGCAGCUGUGAUGGUGUGGCUGGUGGCGCUGAGUGUCCCAGUGGCUGAGGGCGGAGACUCUCCACGGGACUUCGUGUACCAGAUUAAGUAUCUGUGCUACUUCACCAACGGGACGCAGCGCGUGCGGGCUGUGGAGAGCUACAUCUAUAACCUGGAGGAAUUAGUGCGCAUGGACACCGACGUGGGGGAGUACCGCGCGGUGACCGAGCUGGGGCGACCUGACGCAGAGUACUGGAACAGCCAGAAGGACCUCCUGGAGCAGAAGCGGGCCCAGGUGGACACGGUGUGCAGACACAACUACCAGAAUGAGGCCCGCACGACCUUCCAGCGGCGAGUGGAGCCUACAGUGACCAUCUCCCCGGCCAGGACAGAGGACAUGAACCACAAAAACAUGCUGGUCUGCUCGGUGACGGAUUUCUAUCCAGCCCACAUCAAAGUCCGGUGGUUCCGGAAUGACCAGGAGGAGACAGCCUGCGUCGUGUCCACCCCCCUUAUCAGGAACGGGGACUGGACCUACCAGAUCCUUGUGAUGCUGGAAAUGACCCCCCAGCGAGGAGACGUCUACACCUGCCGUGUGGAGCACCCCAGCCUCCAGAGCCCCAUCGCAGUGGAGUGGCGGGCACAGUCUGGAUCUGCCCAGAGCAAGAUGCUGAGUGGCGCCGGGGGCUUCGUGCUGGGGCUGCUCUUCCUGGGCCUGGGCCUUGUCAUCCGUCACAGGAAACAGAAGGGGCUCCUGCGCUGACUCCUGAGGGUACUUUGACUGGGAUCGGCUGUGUUUCUUCUGAAAUGCCUGCUUGUUGUCCUCAGGCAGAAUUCCCAGCUGCCUGUGAGCCUGCUCCCUCUGAGAUCAGA